UUGAAUCGGGGGGGAAGUUUACAGUGCGCUGACAGACUUUUGAGUGAGUUCAGUGUGGAGGGCUCCUCGGUGCGUCACACGCUCAGAGAGCCAGCAGUGAAGUGCGCGUCUAUCCCAGGCUGUCAUACAUGCACAUGCAGCAGAGAGCCCAGCUUCUUUCCAAAUACAGCAUUCUUCUUCUUCUUCUUUUUCACACGCUUCACUUCGCUUCUUGUUUCGGCUGAGACUCGGGAAGGAAAUGGAUGUCAUACCGAUGUGCAGCAUCUUCCAGGAGCUCCAGAUUGUGCACGACACCGGAUACUUUUCUGCUUUACCGUCGCUGGAAGAGUACUGGCAGCAGACAUGCCUGGAGCUGGAAAGGUACCUCCAGAGCGAGCCCUAUGUCUCGGCCACUGACCUCAAGUUUGAUAACCAGGAGGACCUGUGGAGCAAGCUCAUGCUCGCCUGCGGGGACAAGUCAAAUGAGACGGACCCAAAGAGCGGCCACCUCAAGGAGGAGGUGGACAGUCACGACAUCCAGCCUCUUGACGUCGGCGGUUUCAACUCCGACGCCAGCAGCGAGGCCUCGGACAGCUCGGAGGAGCUCUCCCCGACCCUUGACUUCCCCUCUGGCUCUUUGACUGACAUGCUGGGUGACAGCGGAGAAGACUUGGGCUCUGCCAUCAUCAGCACACCGCCCUCAUCUCCUGAGCUCAGCAAGGAAGGCACCGUGGCCCAGGUGUGGAGUGGGAUACAGACAGUGCUAAACUCACCGGGGAAAAUAAGGACUGGGAGCACAGAGAGGUCAGUGGAGAGGUCAGGGAUGACCAGCGGGGAAACAUCGCCUGACGGGAGGAGGCGGGUGCACAGGUGCCACUUCAACGGAUGCAGGAAGGUGUACACCAAGAGCUCGCACCUCAAAGCACACCAGCGCACACACACAGGUGAGAAGCCCUACAGGUGUUCAUGGGAGGGCUGUGACUGGCGCUUUGCACGAAGUGAUGAGCUAACCCGACACUUCAGGAAGCACACUGGAGCAAAGCCAUUCAAAUGCAAUCACUGCGACAGGUGUUUCUCCCGUUCGGACCACCUGGCGCUGCACAUGAAGAGGCACAUCUAAGAUGGCCUCCAUGUUGAGAGCUCUGAGGGAUGAGUCUGGUUGAUUGUCCCGACCAGUUGGGAAUCAGCAAGGCCGGUGUAUCCGGGGAGCGUUAACAGGGACACCGCUGUGUUCCAGUCAGUGGAACGACAUGAAGCAACACAGGCUAUUAUUUGCACCAUACUUUGUGCCUCCAACACCUCGCUGUGGUGAUUGCUCUUAAAAGGCUUUUACAGAGGAGCAGGGGGUGAAAAGAGAAGACGGGAAAGAUCUUGGCUGGAGUUGAUGGAAAGAGACUCUUUUGUAUGGUGUUAAAUGCUUUUUUUGGGGGGUUUUCUGUUUUUCCUGGAAGAUUAUGGGACUUCAGGAGUGGGGGUGCUAUUCCUCCACUGACAGUGUGUUUGCCUGUACACAUGGGACUCUGAGUGCCUGUGACUGGAUGCCUGUGCUGGCUUUAUGGAGUGGCUGGAGCUUGCGAGUGAAUGACAUGAAAGGGGCGAUGUUAUACAACCACGGUUUUCUUGUUGGGGAGGGAAGGGAGGAAAAGGGGCGAUAGGAUGACCUGAUGUAAGAAUGAAUGCAAGCAAAGAAUUCUGUCUGUGUUGGUCUGUUCGCUAAGGCAGGGAGUGAGGGGUUGUUUGCUGGAGUCGAUUCCUUUAGUUUUUUUUUGGUUUCUUUGUCCAAAGGAUGACCCCUUUCUGCCUGGAGGUGGAAUUACAGCUCCCUGUCUGAACUUGGGAGGUUGUUUUGUUUAGUGCAGCUAUUAAAUGUGCAAUGUAUUACGUGGCCUGUCUCACAACAUACACGUUAUAAAGCUCAUUUCGUUGUUCAUUGUGUAAGCCUUGUAUCCAAAAAGACAAAAACAAACAAAAAACUAUUGUACACUAACACUUAUGACCAUUAUAGCAGCCGUUGCAUGGGAUCUGGGGAUGUCUUGCUCACUUGUGUGCAUAGAGGACAACAAAAUUCCAUUCAAGUGCAGCUACUUUCAUGUUACUUGGUAUCGUACUAUUGUAAAAAACAUAAGGCGGUCUUGGUUUUUUGUUAUUUUAAGAAAUUGGGGAUACCACUAUUGCUUAGCAACUGUCUUGGUUGAGGGUUUUUAUUUUGUUCCUUUUUCUUCACAUUUGCUUUUCUCUUUUGUUCUGUCUGUAAAUGCACUGUUGACCUUACUGAUGCCUUAUGUAAGUGGCCUUGUCCUGUUAAAAAGAUCACUCCCUCACACAUACACGCACCGAACGGCCAUUGCUAUUGCAAUAGUGCGUUUUUCUGAAUAGCUUUACAAAGGCUCUUAUCCAUACACUUGCACCUUUCUUUUGUUUCCUCCAAACUUUUGAACAGUAAAAAGAAAACCUACAAAAAAUACUAUAUUUUCAGCUUCACAAUGACUGCCGCCUUUCCAUAUCUGUCACUUCGUUUCUUUGAAUGCAUCAGAACAAAUCAUAUUCUAAAUGAUUCCAAUUUGAGACAGAGUUGUGGAGCCUUUGGGAGAAAAAAAAA